AUGCCGUCCAAAGAGCCGUCACUGGGCCAGAUAGCGCAGAAGAUUUUCGAAGACGCGCUGCAGCACGUGGUGCACAACAUCGUCCUCGCGAAACACCACCAACACAAAGCCUUGAUCAACUCGCUCGAUCCGACCUCAAGACUGCCUCACUGCGAUACGUGCAAGCUGCCCCGCCUGCUGGAUCCUCCUCUCGCACCCAAAGUCCGUGGCACUGCAGCCGACCCUCCCUCGAACACCAACUACUGCGAUCGGAAGCCGUGGGCGCGGAGACCCGGUCACGACAUCUACGGCAAUCCAUUCCUCAAGAGCGACGUCACUGGCCGGCCAUUGAGCAAGAAGGAGCGAGAAGCGCAGGCACGAGAGAAGAAGGACAAGGACAAGGACAAGGGAGAUGGAACUCCGGCCAGCCAGGACCACGAGGGCGAUGGGACCGGUCCACCUUCGCCAAGUGGAGAAGGUGAUGAAGGCAACAACAAGAAGUUGGAGAAGGGUGAGAAGAAGGCGAGCAAGAUCGACGAAAAGCUGCGCAAGGGCGAGUACGUCCCGUGGCACACAUGUCCGAGCUGCAAACGGUCGCUGCUCAUCACACGCUUUGCGAAACAUCUCGAACAGUGUAUGGGCCUCUCAGGUCGUGCGGCUAGUAGAAACGCCAUGGCUAAGAUGAACGGCACACCCAGUGCAUCAAGAGGCGCUACGCCCAAUCCGACGGGAAGCCAAGAUGGAGCCGGCGGCAAGGAGGGCGGAGGCGAUGAGGAUGAAGAUGAGCUUGUGGUGAAAGCUCCUGGUCUCAAGAAGAAGUUGCUCAAGAAAGGUCUCAAGGAGAAAGUCAAGAAGGACAAGGCGGCAAAUGGGAAACUGCCUAAGAGUCUGGCUGCGAAACGUCCUCCCAUCUCGUCAGCGACUGCCACCGGAGCCACUGCCACACAGACAUCUUCGCCUGCCCCGAGUAGUGUUGGCGGCGACAAGCGAGAUCGCGACGAGCUGGGCCAUGAUGACGAGGACGAGGUCCAUGUGAAGAAGAGGCAGAAGCUUCAGAGGGUCGGCAGCACUGCGAGCAUUCUUUCGCAGAGCACCACUGCCCCGGAGAUGGAGCGAACAGAUUCCUUGGAUGGCAGCUUCAUGGAUGGGAGCGUCGCAGAUGAUUAG